UCUUUCCCAACAUCUCAUAAGGUGUCCCACACCCCUGGGAAGCAACUCCCCCCUUAGCUGAGAGAGGUGGUCCAGAUGGUUGCUCCCAGGGACUCAUCUUGAUGGGUUUCAUGCCUGGGCAGUGGGGCUGUCCUGGGAGAGCCCAUGGAGGCAACCAGGCAGAGUGUCCCUUCCCUGGAGUCCUUAAUUUGGCUUCCUGCCUACCACUGUGCUCCUCUGCUCCUCUGGACUUGCAAAGACAGGCCUUUGAUGGGCUGCUGACUCUCUUGUGAUGGUCCUGAGGUGGUAAAUCCUAGGGGAUUGGAAUGAUCUGCUUUGGCUCUGAAUUCUGUGCUCUAGGUUUGAUUUUCCUAUCAAUUGCCCUCCCCAUCCUGUGUGCAAAGCUUCUGUGAGGAUUUUUUUUUUCUUUCCAUGAAAGAAAUAUCCCAUCUUUUCUUUGCUGUUCUCCUUUGUGCUGAGUCAAGGAACUUUUUCAGGGAAUCCACAUUUUCUGCACAGACCCGGUAUCUGUUGUCCCUCUGUUAUUCCACCUCUUGCUCUGGUAUUUUUGAUAUUAAAACCUAACAUAAUGAUAACACAAAAUUACACAUCAGAUCUACCUCUUCUACCUUCCCUGUUGUUCCAUCCAUUGUUUUGAUGCUCCUGCUUGCGUUUUCCUGUUUUAAGAAUGUCUUCACUAAAGUUUAAGACAAGCAAGGUAAUGAAAUGUCAGCUGUUUUUUAAAGCAUGUUGAUUUGUGUGUAUUCUGACUGCCUUUCGUCUCCCAAGCAGGUUCUCUGUGUUCUGAGCAGCUGUCUCAUUCUGAACACCAAAGUAAUGCCUUAAUUUCAGUGAUUGUCUGCAAUGUUUGAGAGCAAUAACUGAGAUAAGCUGAUACUUCAGCAGAUAUAAAUAAUAAUGGCCAGUCUUCGCGAGCGAAGAUCCGGGGAAGGUCUUUACACCUUCCAGCCUGCGCAUUGGAUUUUUUAGGUGAGACACAGUGUGCGCGGAACUGAGCCCACCCUUUAAUCCUAAGGUUCAUCUGCCGGGGCCAAGCGAGCUUGGACGGUGGCAGCGAGGUCCUCAGGACGUAGGUGGGUUGCCUUUAAGGGCUAACGAGCCCCACCUGCCCGGGAGAUAUAAAUAGUUGGAUUAAAAAAAAAAGAUUUAUCUCCUGACAGUGCUGAAAUCUUUUGAUUGGCACAUUUCCAGUUCAUUGAAGUCUAAGCAGAGACAGGAUUACUGUGAGGCUGCUGGACAGUCAAGGUGCCACAGCAGAGUAGGUGAAGGUUAAACCCCCAGAAAUUUAAAAUAACCAUUUCCCAGUAAAGACUCAGAGUAAGUCCAUAGUCCAGAGUAUUCUCAGGUGUCUCAUUACACUGGUGGUUGUAUUGAGAAGCCAGGACUGGGAGCAUUGACUUCUCCAUGAGCUAGUGAAUGGUGAUGUGUGGGGAGACAAGGAAGUUUUGAAUGAGUGGCGGUGUCCCUAUAUGUGAGAUUCUCCCUGCAGCUUCCCUUUCCACUUGGCUAUGAUCAAAGUUACCUUCUUCUGCUUAUGGAUGAGCAAAGUUAGGGAAGUGUCAAGCACAGGCUGAGUACAGUGUGUACAAACAGGGUACACCUGCGUGCACAGCUGAUGGGAAGGGCUUGCUCAUGCAUUCUUCACCAGAGGGGAAAGUGGGCAAAAGUCUCCUGCAGCUUUAAAUCCAUUUAAUGUCCACUGGGAUCAAACCCUCAAAAAUUCAUUAGCUGAAGCACAGCGUUACCACAGAAUAUCACAGUUGACUUCAGGUUGUGCUGAUGCCUUAAAUAAUUUUUUUCUCCUUCAGUUUCUGAAUUUCUUCUCAUUUUAACCCUGAGUAUAUACCCGGAUUUGUGGGUAACAUCAAUAUUCCUUUAAAACUUUCAGUCCUGAAAUUACUUGUUCCUAUGGUUAACUGCUGCUGCCUUAACUUGGUUGUAUUUUAUGACCCCUCUUCAGCCUUUAUGAAACCAGACCCAAGUUUGGUGCAUUUUAAAAGCUGAACAAAAUGGUAGUUAGCAAUUGAAAAUUGUUCACUUGUGUCUUGUAAAGGGAGAGAGAUUAUCAAGUCCUGUGUAUACGUACCAUAUCUUGUAUUUUUAUUAUCCGUAUUUCUGGGUGAAGGAUUUCUUCGCCAAUUUAAAAUAAAAUGCAGGGAUUAGAUUUGUGAGUGCCCAGAAAUGCCCAGAGGGGAGGGUUCAGCUAUGUGACGUGGGAAUCACCAAAGAGGCAGCCCUGAGGGUUUCUCUCCUGCCAAGUAGUAAACUUCAGAGGGAAAAAGGCAGAGAGAAUGUAAGCAAACCUCAGUGCCUCCUCUGUGGCUGGCAAUUAAUAAAAUGGAGAAUUUGAAUGAAGUAUACUGUGAAGAAGUCCAGGAUUUCUAUACAUCUGACCUCAAGACACCUACACUGAAGGAAGUGAAUAUUUGGCCACAGGCUGGAAGGAGCAGCAGCAGCUCUGGAGUUUCCUUUUCUUGCCCAGAUGUCUGUCUUUGCCUCUUCUUGUUGUGCCUGAUAGGCAGUGUGCUGGGACAUCCUCAGUGUCUAGAUUAUGGGCCACCUUUCCAGCCCCCUUUUCACUUGGAGUUCUGCUCUGCCUAUGAAAAUUUUGGCUGCUGUGACCAGGAGAGAGACAACAGCAUUGCAGCAAAAUACUGGGACAUCAUGGAUAACGUUGAUCCCCGGGGGCAUAAGCUGUGUGGAACAUAUAUCAAAGAUAUCCUGUGUCAGGAAUGUUCUCCAUAUGCUGCACAUCUCUAUGACGCAGAAAACCCUCGGACACCUCUAAGAAGCCUCCCAGGGCUCUGCUUUGACUACUGCUCCGAGUUUCAUUUCAACUGCCGCUCUGCCAUCCGCCUGCUGACGCGCGACAAGCACAUCCAGGAAUGCUGCGAGACAAACAGAACGUGCUUUUGCGACCUCCUCCGCCUGCAGGACGAGGACUACUGCUUCCCCAGCGUGCUGAGGAACACGGCCCUCAGCCACAACCUGGGCUCUGUGGUGGAGGACCAGCGAGGCUGUAUCCAGCUCUGCCUGAGCGAGGUUGCCAACGGCCUGCGGAACCCGGUGCUCAUGGUGCAUCCCAGCGACCGCUCCCACCGCCUGUUCGUGGCCGAGCAGGUGGGCGUCGUCUGGGUCUACCUGCCCGAUGGCAGCCGGCUGGAGGAGCCCUUUCUGGAUAUUAGAACUGUAGUCCUGGCCACACCGUGGCUAGGGGAUGAGAGGGGCUUUCUGGGGAUGGCUUUCCACCCCAGGUACAAGUACAAUGGGAAGUUUUACAUCUAUUACUCAUACAUGGAUAAGAACCGGGUGGAAAAGAUCAGGAUCAGUGAAUUGAAGGUUUCGGCGUCUGAUGCCAACAAAGCCGAUCCACGCUCUGAAAGGAAUCUUUUGGAGCUUGAGGAACCAGCUGCAAAUCAUAACGGCGGGCAGCUGCUCUUUGGUGUGGAUGGCUAUAUGUAUCUAUUCAUAGGGGAUGGAGGGAAAGCUGGAGACCCUUUUGGAAAAUUUGGGAAUGCCCAGAACAAGAGUACUUUGUUGGGGAAAGUUUUGAGGAUUGAUGUGGAUGGAAAAAGUCCCGAUGGAAAGCCUUACCGCAUCCCUCCUGAUAACCCGUUUGUGUCCGAUCCCAAGGCCCGCCCCGAGGUUUAUGCGUACGGGGUCAGGAACAUGUGGCGCUGUGCAGUUGACAGAGGAGACCCUGUCACAAAAAAGGGAAGAGGGAGGAUAUUCUGUGGGGAUGUCGGGCAGAACCGGUUUGAAGAAAUUGACCUCAUUGUUAAAGGAGGGAACUACGGCUGGAGAGCAAAGGAGGGAUUGGAAUGCUACGACACAAAGCUUUGCCACAAUUCCUCUUUGGGUGACAUUCUGCCAAUAUUUGUGUAUGGCCGCAGUGUGGGGAAGUCAGUCACUGGAGGUUACGUCUACAGAGGAUGUGAAUCGCCCAACUUGAAUGGCCUUUACAUUUUUGGUGAUUUCAUGAACGGUCGACUUAUGGCUUUACAGGAAGAUGAGAAGACAAAUAAGUGGAAGAAGCAGGAUAUCUGCAUUGGCAGCACAACAGCUUGUGCUUUCCCUGGAAUGAUCAGUUCUUACAGCAAAUUCAUCAUCUCAUUUGCUGAGGAUGAAGCAGGUGAGCUGUAUUUUAUGUCUACCUCUUAUCCCAGUGCCUAUGCGCCACGAGGAUCGCUCUACAAGCUUAUUGAUCCUGCAAGGAGAGCUCCACCAGGGAAGUGUAAAUACAAGCCUGUUCCAGUGAAAACAAAGAGUAAGCAGAUACCAUUUGUUCCACGUGCAAAGACUGUCCUUGAGCUGCUUAAUGAAUCUUCAACAGGCAAGCCUCCAAAAAAAUCUUCUACCCUUCCUGCAGCCAUCCCAACGGUCUCUUCUAAGAAAGCAAAAAAACCCUCAUCCACCAAAAUAAAAGCAUCAACAGUGCAACCAGCUCCAUCUGGUAAAGAGAGAAAGAGAAUCAAAGCUGAAGCUAAACAUCACAAGCCAAGGCAGGGAGAAAAGAUCACACACAACUCCAGAGCUACACCUGCACCACCUUUGCCUAGAAGGAAGAGCUCCCACCUAGCCAGACCCAAGAAGGUUCUUCCAAAGAAUGCAGCACUAGCCAAGGGAAAACUGGAGAAGAGGAGGAAGAAGCAGCUUUUGAAGCUCAGUGGUGUAUCAGAAUAAGCAAGUCACUUGUAAGAUGGUGUGACCAAAUAAAAGAGAAUUUGACGUGACUUGUUAUGCCAGUGCUCCCAGGUGUGCCUCUGUUACUGGCAGUGCUAGAAGUCUCUCUAUAUGUUUUAUUAAACCUAAAGAGCACCAGCCUCCUAACAGUAACUUUCUUUGCAAAUCCCCCUGUGAUGUCCUUUUCUGACAUAAGUGAUUAUGAGAGCCUCUGAUGGACAUUCACUGGUAAGAUUUAUCUGUGCAUGA